GUGAAUGCCUUAUGCAAGUGAGAUUGUGUUUUCAACUGCAACGCAAUUCAAUGCCGAUUCCAAUCUCCGGCUUGUUUGAACUCCGGCUUUCCCCGCCUCCAUGAGAGCUUUCGUUCCCGGCAACAGCUCUCUCCUACAGCCGCCUUGGGGAACAGUUCAGCUGUCCCAGCGAGAUGUUUCAAUACAGAUCCCAAUCAAUCUUGUAACUCAGCCUGCCGUUUCUCUUUCAGCAGCCUGCUUUGGAAAGAAGGUCUAUGAUGAAGAGGCAGCAAAGCAAUGCAUUUCGAAUCUUCUCUCCGUGGGAUACCGACGAUUGUAUGUUGAUCUAUAUUGGUCCCGUGAGAGAAAGAAAUGGAGUCUGUGCCCAGUAACAACACCCUUGAUCCCACUUGGAGCAACCGUUCCCAGGAGGCUCCCAUUCCUCGGGCUGAAACUACUCGGAUUCAACCGGAAAACUGGUUCUCCAGCUGUGGGUGGACAUCUCAAUACUCGACAAUCGCGCAAUACCACUAGGCCUUCCGAUACAAACCCCGUUGAAGAUUCCACCGUUGAUCAGACUGAAGUACCUACCAGAAAAGGACCUUCCGGAACAGUUCUGUUUGAAUUGGGGCCUUAUUCAUGUUCCGCAAAUGUUGACCUAACCGGCUUACUAAAUGUUGUGGCCGAUUAUUUCAAAAGCACAGAAGAUACUUUGAAUGCGCAUUUGACCUAUAUUAUCUUUGACCUUCAUGCCGCAUCUCGUCCUGAUACCCCUCACGGUUCAGCGCCAACUCUAAAGGGAAGGGACCUUCCAUCUCUCUCAGACUCCUUAGGCACUACCGCAAACGAUGCGUUGGGAAUGUAUAUAUAUACGCCCUUGGAGCUUGAUUCCGAAAGAAGAGACUUGAACAGGUCCUGGUAUUCUGUGGCUCCGCGAAUGGGUCCCGUUCCAGAGUACUUUAAUAUAAUCGGAAAGGCUAACUCACGUUACGAAACACCGGAUGGAUGGCCAAGUGAAGGGUAUGUGGAGCUAUCCAAGGCGCAAAGACUUGUGAUGGGAUGGGGAAAGGUAGAUCUGCAGAUGAAUGCAUACGAUUUCAAGAACGAUAAUAUGAUAGUCUUCUCGCCCGGCUCGCUCACGUCUUUUGUCACCGUGGCUAAAGAUAACAACGACAAUAUCGUUGGCAAAUGCUUAUACAACCCUAAUACCACUGAUAUUUCCGAUGUCCAAACAUGGGCCACCGCUGAGAUUCCAGAAGCAAACUCUACCGUGCAGUUAUCUCUCUUCUCCAACCAGAUGGUCUCGUGUGGUAUAUCACCACUAGUUAACCAUACACUCCUCAAUGUCACUGCUGACCAAGACAUUGGACCUUAUCGAAAUGUGUCACUCUCCUCUAUCUGGUCUUGGGCAGAUGGAGAACCCAAAGAUUCAAUAAACGCUGGGGCGAUCGAUGAAAACCGCUGCUCUGUGAUGGACCUUUCGCUUUCUGGCCAUUGGCGCUCGAGUGGUUGUUCAGAUCGACUCUACGCUGCAUGCCGCAUAAGGAAUUCUCCGUUCGACUGGACACUGUCGAGAGAGCCUGAACCCUAUACGCUGGCCGGCGACACCUGUCCUGAGGGCUCCAGCUUUGAUGUUCCCCGCACGGCGUUGGAAAACACGUACCUCUACAAGCAUGUCCUCCAGCAAUCGAAGGAUCUCAUUGACCCGUCAUCUGAGGAGACGGAGAAAACAAGUAUAUGGCUGGAUUUCAACUCCUUUGAUGUCCCGGAUUGUUGGGUUUCGGGUGGACCCAAAGCCCAAUGCCCAUAUGAGGUCGAUGAAAGCGCCAUUCAGCGACGCAAUAUUUUGGUUCCUAGCAUCGCUGCUAUUAUCAUCUUGAUUAUAACGGCGUUGACUCUCUUUGUCAAGUGCAAUGCAAACCGGAUGAAUUCAAGGAGAAGAAGAGUAAUUGCUGGAUGGGAGUACGAAGGUGUACCGUCAUGAGUGUCUGGUCAGAUAAUACUCUGGUGUACGGUGCGAGCUCGAAUUCUAGAUAGUCCAUAGGUUCAUCUGCGUGUAUACUCUUGGGUAAUAUAGUUUUGCCGUGUAUA